AGCUCCUGAUUGGUCGGUUAUCUUCCGCUCCGGACACGUGACUCGGAAGAUGGCUGCCUGCACCGCGAGUAAAGAUGGGGAGCAGGACAGCAUCCUGGAGCCGCUGUGUUUCCCGGAGUCGCCUGCAGGGGGCGGCGGCGGCGGCGCUGCGGGGGCGGAGCCUCUGCUGUGCCUGCUGUGCGCGGAGUCGGUGGGGCCGCGGGACCGGGACGUCCUGCUGAGACACGUCCUGCUGCAGCACCGGCUCGUCAUCGCCGACGUCAAACUGAUCGCAGACCUGCCCAAGUACCUGCUCUACUGGAAGGGCCGCUUCCUUGAGCAGCCGCUCACAGAUUUCUGCAGCGUCAUCAAAACCAACUCCACCGGGCCGGUCGAGAAACAGGAGGAGUACUUCCUGCUGUGCGACAUCCUGCCGGAGGACCGCCUCCUCCGAGAGAAGCUGCAGCAGAAACGCCUGGAGGAGAUCCUGGAGCAGCAGCAGAAGGAGCGAGACGACAGCAGCUUCCAGCGGCUCUGCAUGUUCUGCAGCGAGGAGUUCACUGGAAACAGGUCGUCUCUGCUGAACCACAUGGCGAGGGAGCACUCCUUCAGCAUCGGGCUGCCCGACAACAUCGUCUACUGCAACGAGUUCCUGGACGCCCUGCAGAGCAAACUGGACAAUCUGCAGUGUUUGUACUGUGAGAAAACCUUCCGAGAUAAAACGACGCUGAAGGACCACAUGAGGAAGAAAGCUCACCGCAGGAUCAACGCCGGCAACCGAGAGUACGACCGCUUCUACGUCAUCAACUACCUGGAGCUCGGGAAGACCUGGGAGGAGGUGCAGAGCGAGGACGACCGGGAUUUGGUGGAUGAUGAAGAUGAUGAUUGGUCGGACUGGCGGGCCCACCCGGUCUGCGCCGUGUGUCUGUUCUGUGAUCAGCAGUCAGAGACCAUGGACAAGAUCUACACACACAUGCAGGAGGCUCACGGCUUUGAUCUUCACAGGCUGCGGACAGACCUCAAUCUGAAGUUCUACCAGCAAGUCAAACUGGUCAACUUCAUCCGGCGGGAGAUCCACCAGAGCCGCUGCUACGGCUGCCAGGAGAGGUUUGGCUGCAGGGCCGAGGUCCUCGAACACAUCGUGGCCGCCGGUCAUGUGAUGAAGCUGCCUGAGACGUCGGCCUGGGACCAGCCGCAGUAUUACUUCCCCACCUACGAGAACGACGCCCUCCUGUGCACGCUGACGGACAGCGACGGUGAAAGCGGCGGGACGGACAGGAGCGAGGACGUCCCGGUGAUCGCCGAGGACAUUUCCAACCUGCACACGCUGAAGCAGACCAGCGUCCUCAAACAGCUGCUGAGGAACCGCAGCUCCUGCAGCUAGCGCCCCGCUCCGGAGGGACGGACGGGCGGAUGGACGGAUGGACGGAUUUCUGGGCGUUUUCACACUCGUCCUCUCGUCUGCGUCAGGGCGGUGCCGUGUCCACAAACGAACCCUCCUGCUGUGACUGUUUCUGCUGGAUGUUUGCGGCUGUGAUGAGUGUCGUCUCUCAUAAAGUGUUAAACAAACUCUGGGGCUGGAGAUGCUGAUGCUCGGGAUUGGUUCAGUUGAAGUGAUAAUACAGUCUUUUCCAUGUUGCCUGAUGUUUAGCGCUGAUUCUCCAGUCCAAGGAUCUGCUUUUCUCCAGAGGAAACAUGUCAGCCUUUGGUGAUUUAGAAAUUGCAAUAGACAACAUGAUGUUUAUUUUUUUUUAUUAUUAUUUUAUUAUUUUGUUUUUAGUUAUUGUGCAGCCAUAUUUUGCACUUAAGAAGCCUCAGACGCCUUGACAGCAAAGCAGAAUCAGCUGUAGCAGUUUUGGUGUUGAUGAACAUUUUACACUGCAAAAACUCAAAAUCUUACCAAGAUUAUUUGUCUUAUUUCAAGUCAAAAAUGUCUUAUUACUACUCAAAAUAUCUCAUUACACUUAAAAUAAGACAUGAUCAC